ACACUCUUACACACACUCACUUUCACUCACACACUCGCACACACACUGCUGCUGCUGCUGCUGCUGAGCGCUCACGAGAGAGGGAUAUCACACUGCUGCUCCACUUUGUAGUGGUGGAUGAGGGCAGGAUGGUGCCGGUGCAGCAGAUGUUUGGAUCGGAGUGGUUCUCCUGCAGGAUUUGAGGAAAUCUACAUUUCGGACUGUAAAACAACUCCCCUCUCUCUCUCUUUCUCUCUUUCUCUCUUUCGCUCCCCCCUCUCUCGCCUCGCUCUCUCUCUCUCCUCCGCCUCUAUGCUCUUGGCCUCCCGCGCUCGGCCAGCUGAGAGAUGAAGCUCACGUGUUGUUGGGGGUUUCUGCUGCCCCUUCUGCUGGGACUCCUACUGGCUUCAGCCGACGCCAAAGGAACCUUCUAUGGAAACCCCUACAGAUACAACCUGUUCAAGGCUGGACUCAACCCUACACACUACAACCCCGGCAAACCCAUGAGCCGCCACAAAAACUACUGUGCCUACAUUGUCCAGAAGAACAUCACCUGCACUGUGCAGGAUGGAGUGGCCACCUACGUCAAGGCAGAUUACACCACCAAGUGCAUCUGGGGACAGAAGUGUCCGGUUUUGAUGUAUCGAACGUUCUUUAAACCCAAGUACAAGCUGGGCUAUAAGACGGUGACGGAGCUGGAAUGGCGCUGCUGCCCCGGCCACUCAGGAGAUAACUGCCUGGAUGGAUCCUCAACUGCUACAGAUGGCAUGAUGCCCCCAUUUAAAGGCUCUGUUCAGGGACCCAGACCUCCAUUCAAGGGUUUCCCCCACGGGCAGCCCAGAUUCCCCCCAGAUCAGGCCCUCAUCCCCGGGUCAGGACUGGAACCGGGCAAACCGUUCCCUUACCCCGACAACAGACCCAUUCCCAGCGGACAUCUGCCUGCUGGAGGCCCGAAAACAGGAUACGGACCAAAGGCUGGUGGCGUCUCUGGCGAGCGUCUGGACCGUAUGGAGGAGGACCUCCGCAGGCUCUCUCAGGGUCUGGACACUCUGAACGGAUUGGUAGCCGGUCUGGAGGACCGUCUUCGCGUCUCUCUCCGUGAGGACACCACCAAAAUGAUCACCACCCUGCUGGGCUCCCCCCGCAGACCUGACUCCACUGUGGGCUUUGGAGUCAUACCUGAAGGUGGCCCAGAGACCCUGGAUGGCGGCGAGGGCUUCCCCGUGCUUGGGGAGUUAGUUGGCAGGGUCACAGAGGUCAAGGACGAGCUUCGGGUGAAGAGCAACAUGCUGGAUGAAAUCCAUGGUAUGGUGAUGGGUCACGACGGGCAGCUGAAGAGGCUGCUGGAAGCGGACACAGCGAGGCCUGUGCUUACUGGCGGGACCCAGUCGCUGCUGGAGGAGCUGUUGGACGCCAGGCUGGCUGGUGUGAAGGCUGAGAUUCUGGAUGGCUUUGAGAGAAGGCUGUCCGGUCUGGAGAACCACUGUGAUGAACGAAUUGGACAGGUACAGCAGCAGUGUGAAAAGGAACACCUGAAUGGCCAGGAGCAAAUGCAGCUGUCACUGGACGGCCGUGAAACGGGUCUACGGAAGGAGUUGGGUGACCUGCAGGCUCAGAUUCAGGGCCUUACCCUGACCGACAACUGCUGUGGCCAGGUCAACAGCCUGUCCCAGCGAGUUCUGCUGCUGGAGGAAUCUGUUAAAGGGUUGACUGAGUCUCAGAGGCAGCUGCAGGUGACACUGACCGAGCAGACGCACCACAUGGAGACCCAGCUGGACGCCCGCUUGCUGGACAUAGAGGGUCGGCUCAAUACCAGCGAUCGGGGCGAAGGAAGAUUAGAAGGGUUUGAUGGACAUGGGGCAGGAACUCUUGAUGGAUUUAAAACUCUUCUGGAUGACAAGCUGAAGAACCUCGAGGAGCGUCUGUUUGUGGCAGUGGAAGAGCUGAGCAAUGCCACGGCUCCUGCUCUUCUAGAGGGUCAUGUUGUUCCGGCGCUGGAGACAGAAAUCGACAACGUCCGAAGGCGAGUUGAAGCCGAUCUGGAUGGUUUGCAGAAGCAGUUGACGGACCUUGAGCUUCUUUGCACUUCUGCUUGCUCUCCUGCACCCAAUCCAGAGGUGGAGCUCAUUCAGACAGAGAUGGAGGAGUGCAAAGAUGUGGAGAAGAAGGUUUCCAGCCGGUUGGACACUCACUCGGACAUGCUGGACCACCUCAACAGGACCCUGCAGGGUCUUCUGACUCAGCUCGCCCAGGAGGACCAAGAGGGUUCCUUGCAGGGUGAGAUCACGCUCCUCAAGAUCAAUGUAAACUCAGUCAAUCGCACCUUGAAGGGACUUCGGGAUUCUGUGCACUUUUUCGCUCGUGAAAUUGGGCACGCCAACUCCACCUGGGAGGAACGUGAGCAUCGAUUGGCCACUCAGGUGAAAGGAAUAACUGAACUUGUGGGCCGACAGUCGAACCUGCUUGGGGCUGGAGAGCGCCGGCUCAUCCAGAUGAAGGCAGAGCUCCAGAGCCUGAGGAGAAGGCUGGCCGGAGAGAUCCAGGGAUGCCGCAGUACGGCACUGGGCGUCCAGCAAGAGGUUAUGGGCGUUGAGAGUCGGGUGAGCCAGGUAGAAGGUCGGUGCGGAAGUCUGAGCGAACUGGCUCAUGAACUCGAGAGGAUUCGAAGCGAGCUGGAGAGCCACUCGGACACUUACCUGGCCCAGAUCAACAACACCCUGGCCAGCCACGGUCAGCAGCUCUCACAGCUUAAAGAGGGACUCCAAGAGUGUGCAAACAAGACGGACCCCGAUUCCCAUCGGGGCGACCAGUAGCCACCUGGCUGCAGAGACUCUUUAAGGCCCAAGGUUGUACAAACUGGCAAUAUUUCUAUUCUGGAUUGAUCCAUUCUUCUUGUCCAUCCUUCGUCUUUCUUCUUCUUCAACAGGGCAUUGUUUUCUUCGUUUCUUUUUUUUCCUUAUUGUUCUGUAUUUUUUUACAUUUUAUAUUGAAUCUAACUGAUUGUUGUUAACUUAUAUGAAGAAGAAAAAAGCUUGAUGUUAUAUAUACUGUAUACUGGUUUAGGCCGCCGGCUUUUCCCAGUCUUUGUCCGAGAGUACUAGGGGUGCAUAAUAAUAUAAUAAUGGUGAUUAAAAAUGACGGAUUUUUAUAGAUUAUAAUAAUAUUUGCACUGCAAAAAAUACAUUGGCAAAAAUAGAAAGAAAUAUGUAAAUUGAGACAUAUGCUUAUUUUUAGCAAAAAAAAAUCUGCCAAUGGAGUACAAACGUUUCUUUAAAAAAGGAGAUUUCUUUUUUUUUUUUAAAAAAGCAUUCGGGAAGUCUCAAAAUGAGUGAAAUAAGACCAAAAAUUAGUAAAUCAAGCAAAAAUCACAGAUUUUUUUGCUUUUAAAGCAGCAAUAGGUAGGAUUUCCUUGAUUUUUGAUCUUUUUAAAGAAGUAAAAUUACAGCUUGAAACUCACUGCAGCGCUGCAUUGAGGUGUAAUAGGAGGAAUAGCAGUGCUCUCGUGUCUGUGCCGGAGCUCCUCUGAGCUCAAACCAGACUCUGUAAGUUUUCCGAGGCGGCCGCGACCAACGCUCGCGAGAACUGCGACCUGCUUUCCGACCUUUAGUUCUAACAGUUCUACAAGGACUACUGGUUCAUUCUUUACAAACUAACAUACAGAAACUCUGGCAGAAGCUGGAAAGAGACCGAAUAUGUCUGUGAAAGCCAGAAAACGAGAACGAGAAACUAAUCCUCCUGAAACAUUUAUUACACUCUACAACUGUAGGGGGAGCCCACGAGCACAAAAUCUCAAUCCUACCUAGUGGAGCUUUAAAUUGGACAAAAGAAUCAGAAAUAAUUGCUCACUGCUUCUUUUGAGUUCAAUGACUUUUUUAGAUGAAAAUUCUAAGUAAGACUGAUUUAAAUAAGCAAAAUAGUUUAACACUUACAAUGUUUAAACAGACAUAAGGUCUUAUCAGAAAAGAAAAUAAUUAAUGUAUUUGUUGGUUCCGAAUGUCUCAGCAGCCAACAACCAGACUCCCUUUAAAUACUAUUCUAGUUUCUCUAGUACGUUUUACACUUGCCCAGUUUAUACCUAGAAAUUUUGGAACUAUAAAUGGAAAUGUUUCUUAAUAAAAGUUUUUAGAUUCUGUAUAAAUUAUAUACAUCAGCAGCCGAAGUCAGAGAGAGCACUGUUUGUCCAUUUUGGAAAUGAGAACAGAAGUGUUUCCUUGUUUAAAUAUAUUCUGUACUCUACUGCUGUGUGGACUGUUCUGUUUACUGCAUGACAUUUGACAGUAAGUUUGAUCUACUUUGUGGUUUUCAUAGCUAGAACCAGUUUAAAACCUGCAAAACCCAAACGUUCAGAGCCACGGUACUCCAGGACCAAAGACUGGGAAACACUGGAUCGAGUGAUUUGUAAAAUCACAGUUAAAACUCAACAAUACAAACGAUGUCUGAUCUAUAAGCUGCUACGGGUGUCCAAACGGCUAAACCCUCCACUCCUGAACCAUCUCACCUUUAUCUCGUUCAUCUCUACUUUGAUUUACUGUGUGUCCACAUCAGUGCUCUUCAACCCUGGUCCUGAACGCCCACAAUCCACAACAUUUUAGUGCCUUCCCUGCUUUCAAGACGCCUUAUGCUACUCAUUAACUCAUUAAGCUAAAGCAGGAGUGUCAAAUCAGUGGAAAUGCAGCAAUGUGUGGAUCAGUGUUCCUCCAGAACCAGCGUUAUGGACCACUGCUCUACGUAAAUGGUGCUAAAACAUAUUUUUUAAAGCGUUUGUAUGAUGUGUGAAUGUGUGGGUAAGAGAAAUAUACUGUACGUCUCCUUAUUUACAUUGUGAUUGUUCUUUUUUUCUAAGAGAUUAUAAUAUUUCGUGAUUAAAGGUUGGUUUGGAGAACUCUGAA